AUGUUUGCUUCAUUUGAGACUGUAGUUGCGGUUGCAAUGCUUGUUCGGCAAUUCGACUUUCAAAUGGCACUUGGAGCACCUCCUGUUAAGAUGACGACGGGAGCAACAAUUCACACAACAGAAGGAUUGAAUAUGACAGUUACACGAAGGAUAAAACCCCCAAUAGUACCCAUAUUGGAGAUGCCUACAUUGCAAAUGGAUUCAUCUGUAAGUAUACAAGAAGUAGAUCCAGUGCUUGGUCAAAAAGAUGAAGUUUCUCCUGCUCGUUCCUGA